AUGUCAUCCGAACAGCUCAAUGUCAUCGCCCUGGUCUCGGGCGGUAAGGACAGUUUCUUCUCCGCCUUGCACUGCCAGAGAAACGGGCACCGACUCGUGGCACUCGCUAAUCUCUUCCCCUCCGCCUCCGUCGGCGCCGGCCCCAACGCCACGCGCUCGGCCCCAGGGACCGUCAUUCACAAGCCCGCGCGGGAUCACGUAAAGGAUGAGUCUACGCGGGUGGAAGAAAAGCAGGAAGAGGGGGAGGCUGGUAAAGGGGCCGACGACGAAGCCGACCUGAAUAGUUUCAUGUACCAGACCGUCGGCCACCAGGUCAUACCCUUAUACGCAGACGCCACCGGAUUGCCGCUCUACCGGCAACCCAUCUAUGGCGGCGCCAAGUAUGAGGACAGAGACUAUGAUUCCCAUGCCGUGCCGUCGCGUGACGGCGACGCGGGUCCCGAAGUCGACGCGGACGAGACGGAAAGCAUGGUGCCCCUCCUCCGCGCCGUCAUGGCAAACCACCCAGAGGCCAACGCUCUGUGUGCGGGAGCCAUCUUGUCCACCUACCAGCGGACGCGCGUGGAAUCCGUCGCGCUACGCCUAGGUCUCACGCCGCUGGCGUACCUGUGGAAGUAUCCCGUGCUACCCCCGGUGGUUUCGGGAGUCGUGGAGGACGCUCAGCUGCUUCACGAUAUGGCGGCCGCCGGGCUCGAUGCGAGGAUCAUCAAGGUCGCGAGCGCGGGGCUUGAUGACGACUUUUUGUGGGAAAAGGUGAGCAGCAUCACGGGCGCGUCGCGCGUCAAGCGUGCCCUCAGGAGGUUUGGCGCCGCCGAGGGUGCCGUGAUAGGCGAGGGGGGCGAGUUCGAGACGCUCGUGCUGGACGGCCCGCCCGGCCUGUUCAGAAAGGCCAUUGAGGUACCGGAGUCCGGCAGGCGGACCGUAAAGGAGGGCGGCGGGACGUCGUGGUUGAGCUUUCAAGGGGCGAGUGUCCGAGAAAAGCGAGCCCCUGACGCGGGCACGGGAGAAAGCUGCUCCCCGCCCCGGGUGCCUGAUGCCUUGGAUCAUCGGUUUCAGAGUAUCCUGGAUUCACUGCUUGCGGCUCGUGAUAACCAGGUAUCGAUAUCGGAAGAGACACCAUCCGUCGAUGGCUUCACCAAGGAUGAUGGCAGGACACCGGUGCUGCCGAAAACACCCUCGGAUGAUAUCCACUGGUCUUUUGGUGCUCAAGCGGGAUCGGGUCAGGGCUCGUCUGUCGAGCAGCAAACCGAGGACAUAGUACAGCAAAUUCGGAAGCUCCUUGCUGACCACUCUCCGCCGCUACCCACCACGGCCAUCACCAAUACUAUUAUUGUCCUGGAGUCGAUGUCGGAUUUCCCGGCCAUCAACAAGAUCUACAGCGAACUGUUCCAGCACCCUAAUCCUCCGUCCCGAGUCACAAUAUCUUGUGGCGAUCUGCAGGCCGGAAAUGCCAUUGACGUUCACCUGACCUUAAAGCCAGCGUUGGAGCCUCGUGAGCGGAAUGGGCUUCAUGUGCAGUCAAGAUCGUACUGGGCGCCUGCCAAUAUCGGCCCGUACAGCCAGGCUAUCGAUGUGCCCCUGAGGAGCGGUCAAGAUACGACACACGCCCUUGUCAGAGCGGUGACGAUUGCAGGCCAAAUCCCGCUCGUCCCGGCGAGCAUGGUCUUGCCCACGGAGAAAGAGGGCAACAUGGAGAUGCAAAUUGCACUGUCUCUGCAGCACCUCUGGCGCAUCGCCACCGAGAUGAAGGUCCAGCUCUGGACCAGUGCGGUGGCGUACUUCCCGCGCACGCCGAAGGAGGCGGACAUGAGACGGCAAAGCCAGCUUGCCGAGGCCGCGUGGAAGGCCGUCCACAAGGACGACGAAGAUGAGGACGGAGAAAACGACGGAAGCGGGCCCGACUUGUGGGACCGCAAGUUCAACCCGGCGUACAUGUCGCUUGGCGAGGACGCCGCGGCGGCGCAGAAGCUCCCGGAUUGGUCCUCCAUCGCGACGGCCGACGGAGAUUAUGGAGAGGCCGACGGGCCCGUCCCCCCUUUCUUCUCCGUCGAAGUUGAGGAGCUUCCCCGCCAGGCCGGUGUCGAGUGGCACGCCCACCUCGGCCUCGCGCGCGUCCCCUCGUCGUCCGUCGAGUACCGAGCCUCGGACCUCGCGCCCUCGACCGACGUCCCUUUCUACAGACGCGUCUGCCACGUCGUGGUGUCGGGGAUGCUCGUCCACUCCACCAUCUCCUGGCUCGCCGUCUCUGGCCCCUCGACGCGUGCGCCGGCUUCCUUUGCCGAGGUGGAAGCGUGGAUGAGGCGGGCGUAUCGCGAGUCCGUCGGCGGCGGUGGCGAAGGUCAUGGGCGGACUGCGGUAGACUACCCGUAUCUGAUGUACCUCAACGUGCCAAAGUGUUCGGUGGCCGCGGCGGCCCCGGCUGGGUCUGGGGAGGAAAAGGAUAGCAUGACGGCGUAUGUCAAGGCCAGGUCGAUUUGGGGAGUCGGUGGCGAGGAGAUACUCGCUGUUGGGCUGUGGAAGUAA